AUGAAGAUGGUCCGCUGCCUCCUCCUCCUCCUCCUCUCCCUCAGCGCCUCCAUCAGCUGCUCCUCCGCCGCGCAGAGAGACUCCAAACUCCGCCUGCUGCUGCACCGGACCCCGCUGCUGGGCUCCAAACAGGACGUGUCGGCCGCCUCGCUGGCCGAGCUGCUCCUGGCGGAUCUCCUGCAGGUGGAGAACGAGGCUCUGGAGGAGGAGAACUUCCCGCUGGCUGCAGGAGAACCGGAGAACGUUCAUGUGGAUCUGGAACGAGCCGCCGGCAGCGGCCCGCUGCUCGCCCCCCGAGAACGGAAAGCCGGCUGCAAGAACUUCUUCUGGAAGACCUUCACUUCCUGCUGA